UACAAAUGCGGGGACCUGGUGUUCGCCAAGAUGAAGGGUUACCCACACUGGCCAGCCCGGAUUGACGAGAUGCCUGAAGCUGCGGUGAAAUCAACAGCCAACAAAUAUCAAGUCUUUUUUUUUGGGACCCAUGAGACAGCAUUCCUGGGCCCCAAAGACCUCUUCCCUUAUGAAGAGUCCAAGGAGAAGUUUGGCAAGCCCAACAAGAGGAAAGGGUUCAGCGAGGGCCUAUGGGAGAUCGAGAACAACCCUACUGUCAAGGCCUCUGGUUAUCAGCCCCUUCUGCCUCUGCCACAGUCCUCCCAGAAAAAGAGCCGUGUGGAAGCGCCUGAACCAGAGCCCGAGGCUACAGAGGGUGAUGGUGACAAGAAGGGGAAUGCUGAGGGCAGCAGUGAUGAGGAAGGGAAGCUGGUCAUUGAUGAGCCAACCAAGGAGAAGAAUGAGAAGGGGGCACUGAAGAGGAGAGCAGGAGACCUGCUGGAGGACUCGCCAAAACGUCCCAAGGAGGCUGAGGACCCCGAAGGAGAAGAGAAGGAGGUGACCACCUUAGAGGGUGAGAGACCUCUCCCUGUAGAGGUGGAGAAAAAUAGCAACCCCCCUGAGCCUGGCUCUGGCCGGGGUCCUCCUCAGGAGGAGGAAGAAGAAGAGGAGGAAGAAGAGGCUGCCAAGGAAGAUGCUGAGGCCCCAGGCAUCAGAGAUCAUGAGAGCCUGUAGCCACCAAUGUUUCAAGAGGAGCCCCUGCCCCGUUCCUGCUGCUGUCUGGGUGCUACUGGGGAAACUGGCCAUGGCCUGCAAACUGGGAAUCCCUUCCCCACCGCAUCCCAUUCUCCUCUUCCACUCACUCUCCCCCCUCCAAGUAUGGCCCCUGGAGAUUGACUUGGAU